AUGGAAGAACGAAAAGAGUUCAAGGAGCCAACUAUCGUUAAAAAUGUUGAUUUGAUUUGUAUGAAAUUGAUAGUUCUCUCUAUUUGUGUUCUCGCUUGUUGCAUUUUAUUUUUCUUCGAAGCAGUUGCAGUUUCUAUCACUACUCCUAUCCAUACAUUGGAAGAGAUGAAAAAAGUGGAAGAUGAAGAAGCAAAAAUGCACUUGAAAUCUUUUAUUCUUCUCCUUUGGUCUUUUGCAGUCUACACCCUCAUUACAGAAAUGAUGACUAUUAUGACUCUCAACGACAAAAUCCGAAUUCUAGAAUCUAUAAGAUAUCGUUCGAAAAUGGAAGCAACACUGUCGUUGAUUCGUCAGAAAUCAUAUUUUGACGCAGAUGCCGUUGAUUUCAUUCUUGAAAACGAGGCGACUUAUAAAGUGGACGCAGUGAGUGAUGAGAUGGAAGUCAAGGAAAUGGUUUUUCAUCGAGUACAUGGAAUGAAUCCUCAUAAAUCUUUCUUCUAUUCUGAUUGUUAA